AUGACAGCGGAACAAGAAAAAGCCACUCCGACAGAUGUCCAACCUGUUGCUGAUAAAGUUUCAGACUUAAAAAUUGACACUGUGGCAUCCAAUGAUGAGGCAGAGGACGACGACAAUAAUGAAGCCGGCGGCACGUCUAAGAAAAAGAAGAAGAACAAAAAGAAGAAGAAGAAGCUCACAAAUAUUGCCUCCUCCUAUCCUGAUGGAGUAUACCCGGAGGGCCAAUGGAUGGAAUACCCACUAGAAGUAAACAGUUACAGAACUACUGACGAAGAGAAGAGGUAUUUGGACAGACAACAAAACAACCGUUGGCAGGAUUUCAGAAAGGGUGCCGAGAUUCAUAGAAGAGUGCGUGCCAAAGCGCAGCAGAAUAUCAAGCCAGGGAUGACUAUGCUCGAAAUUGCUGAUUUAAUUGAAAAUUCUGUGAGACAGUAUGUGGGUAAUGACCAUCCCAAGAACCAAGGUAUCGGUUUUCCUACAGGCUUGUCUCUCAACCACGUCGCAGCUCACUACACCCCUAACCUGGGCGAUAAGGUUGUCUUGAAGUAUGAGGAUGUCAUGAAGGUGGAUAUUGGAGUUCACGUCAAUGGACGCAUUGUAGAUUCCGCGUUCACCUUAACAUUUGAUGAGAAGUACGACCCUCUCUUGGAAGCUGUCAAGGCAGCAACUAACACUGGUGUUAAGGAGGCGGGUAUUGACGUGAGAUUGAACGAUAUUGGAGCUGCCGUUGAAGAGGUGAUGGAAAGUUACGAGAUGGAGCUCAAGGGCAAGACCUAUCCUAUCAAGUGUAUUAGAAACUUGAACGGACACAAUAUCGGUGACUACACAAUCCACUCGGGUAAAACCGUUCCGAUCGUUGCUAACGGCGACAUGACCAAGAUGGAGGAAAGCGAAACUUUUGCCAUUGAGACUUUCGGUACCACCGGGAAAGGUUACGUCAUUGGCCAAGGGGAGUGCUCGCACUACGCCUUGAACCAAGGGGUGGACGUCAAAGCGCCAUCUGAAAGAGCCAGACAACUUCAAAACACCAUUAGGGAAACCUUUGGUACGUUACCAUGGUGCCGUAGAUAUUUGGAGAGAGCUGGCGAGGACAAGUAUCUUCUUGCCCUCAACCAAUUGGUGCGUGCUGGAAUUGUCGAGGACUACCCACCAUUGGUGGACACUCUGGGCAGCUACACGGCGCAGUUUGAGCACACGAUCUUGCUCCAUCCACAUAAGAAAGAGGUUGUGUCGAGAGGUGAUGACUACUAA